AGUCGUGUUGAUCUCAGAAGUCAUCAUGGCGCUCGCUCCGCCAGUCGAAGAGCACCCAUAUGGCCAUCUAAUUGACACACUGAAAGAUGGCAGGAUCAAGUUCUUCAAUCCACAGAAACUCAAUGAUCCAAGAUAUGACAAGCUGCCUCUGUCCAUCCGUGUCUUACUGGAGGCAGCGAUCCGUAACUGUGAUGGCUUCUACACAAAAGAAGACGACGUCCAGAACAUUCUGGAUUGGCAGCAGCAGCAGAAUAAAGCCGAGGUGCCGUUCUCUCCAGCGCGAGUCCUCCUCCAGGACUUCACUGGUAUUCCUGCCAUGGUGGACCUGGCAGCCAUGAGGGACGCUGUGGCCAAACAUGGCGUGGACCCCGGCCUGGUCAACCCUAAAUGCCCCACAGACCUCAUCGUAGACCACUCGCUACAGAUUGAUUAUAGCAAAUGUGCCAUACAGAAUGCUCCAAACCCAGGUGGAGGCGACGGUCCAAGCCAAAGCCAGGGUCCUUCCCGUUCCACACCCUCCAGGCGAGGCUCACAGUGUGGGGGCCAGCGGGGCUCCUGUAGUAAAGCCGCCUGCAGUGACCCUCCAGCCUCUACGGGUCGACCUGCAGCUUCUGUCCAGCAGAUCGAGAAUACGCCUCUCCUCUGCCCCUUCCACCUGCAGCCUGUGUCUGAUACUGAAACGGCUCUGAAGAAUCAGGAAAUAGAACUCGGCAGAAACAAAGAGAGGCUUCAGUUCUUUAAGUGGUGUUCGAAAGCGUUUAAGAAUGUGAACGUGAUUCCUCCGGACGUCGGUGCGGUCCACCAGGUGAAUCUGGAGUAUCUGUCCAGAGUGAUCCAGGUCACCGACGGUUUCAUCUACCCCGACAGCGUGGUGGGAACCGACUCACACACCACCAUGAUCAACGGCCUGGGCAUCCUGGGCUGGGGUGUUGGGGGAAUCGAGUCAGAAGCGGUGAUGCUGGGCCAGCCAGUGUCUCUGACCCUUCCUCAGGUGGUGGGCUGUAAGCUGGUGGGCUCCAUCAACCCUCUGACCACCUCGAUAGACAUCGUCCUCGGCAUCACAAAGCACUUGCGACAAGCUGGGAUCGCUGGAAAGUUUGUAGAGUUUUUUGGACCUGGUGUCUCCCAGCUAUCAGCUCCAGACCGAACCACCAUCGCCAACAUGUGCCCAGAGUACAACGCCACCGUCAGCUUCUUCCCCGUCGACCAAGUCACCCUCAAGCACUUUAAAAAGACAAAUUUUACCCAGGAGAAACUUGAAUUACUGGAGUCUUACAUGAAGGCUGUUAAACUUUUCCGAAGCUAUGAAGAACCCUCAGAAGAUCCCGAGUACUCUGAUGUGAUUGAGAUCAACCUGAGUUCCAUAGUUCCCUAUGUGAGCGGACCGAAGAGGCCUCAGGACAGAGUGGCCAUCAGCAACAUGAAAGAAGACUUCCAGAGCUGUCUUGAUGAGAAGGUUGGCUUCAAAGGCUUCCACAUCUCUAAGGAGAAGCAGGACAAGCUCGUUCCUUUCCUGCACUGCGGUCAGGAGUACCAGCUGGCCCACGGCUCGCUGGUCAUCGCUGCUGUUAUCAGCUGCACCAACAACUGCAACCCGUCUGUCAUGCUGACGGCAGGUCUACUGGCCAAAAAGGCUGUGGAGGCGGGGCUUGUUGUCAAGCCUUAUAUUCGGACCAGCCUGGCUCCUGGGAGUGGCAUGGUCACUCACUACCUCAAUACCAGUGGAGUCCUGCCUUACUUUAGCCAGCUGGGGUUUGAGGUGAUUGGCUACGGCUGUGCCACCUGUGUAGGGAACACGGCCCCGUUACCUGAAGGUGUCGUGGAUGCAAUCAAACAGGGGGACCUGGUGGCCUGCGGUGUUCUCUCUGGAAACAGGCACUUUGAAGGGCGGAUGUGUGACUGCGUGCGGGCCAACUACCUGGCCUCCCCUCCCCUGGUGGUGGCUUAUGCUCUUGCGGGGACUGUGGGAAUCGACUUUGAGAAAGAGCCUCUGGGUGUGACUUCAGAGGGGAAGGAGGUGUAUCUCUGUGACAUCUGGCCGUCCAGGGAGGAGAUCCAACAGACUGAGGAGGACACAGUCAUCUGCUCCAUUUUCAAGGAUGUCAGGGGAAGGAUGGAGAAAGGGAACACGCUUUGGAACAAUAUUGAAUGUCCAGAUUCUGUGGUGUUCCCCUGGGAUCACAAGUCCACAUAUAUCCGUUCGCCGUCUUUCUUCAGCAAGAUGAGUAAAGACGUGCCACCUACUCAGUCGAUAGAGAACGCUCACGUCUUACUGUUCCUCGGGAACAAAGUGACGACGGACCACAUCUCACCGGCGGGCAGCAUUGCCAGAGUCAGCGCCGCUGCCAAGUACCUGAUGAGCAAACGCCUGACGCCGCGGGAGUUCAACUCGUACGGCGCUCGCAGAGGGAACGACGCAGUGAUGACCAGAGGAACGUUCGCCAGCAUCAAGCUCCAGAAUCGAUUCAUCGGCAAAACAGGCCCUAAAACUUUGCACAUUCCUUCCGGCCAGAUGCUGGAUGUCUUCGAGGCGGCUGAUCGCUAUCAGAGAGACGGCAUUCCUCUCAUCAUCCUGGCAGGCAAAGACUACGGCUCUGGAAACUCCAGGGACUGGGUCGCCAAAGGACCAUACCUGCUGGGUGUACGUGCCGUCAUCGCCGAGAGCUUUGAGAAGCUGCACAAGAACCAGCUGGUGGGAAUGGGCAUCAUGCCGCUCCAGUUCCUGCCCGGCGAGAACGCAGACUCGCUGGAGCUCAGCGGGAAGGAGAGGUUCACCAUCACCCAGCCGGACAGCCUGAGUCCGAGGCAGCAGCUCACAGUCAAGACCAGCCAAGGAAAGUCCUUCUCGGUCACCGCACUGUUCGACACGGAGACGGACGUUAAACUUUUCCGACACGGAGGUCUUCUUAGAUAUGUUGCCCGGACUUUGCUCUGAAACAGCCUGCGGCCCCGGUGGAUGUGCCCAGCAGUCCUCAUCAACUCACCAUCUUGUCUUCAGUACGGAUGAAAAAAAAACCAGCUCACUGGAGCAACAUAACGGCCGAUGAUCCGUCUGUUUGAGCUGGAUGACUUUUGGAGUCAUGAGACAAAACUUUUUAGACCUGAGCUGCUUCUUCGUCACUACACACGACUGCUUCUGCAGUUUUCUAACAGCAGCGUUUCUCCUCACAAGAAGACGACGCGGUGACAUUCACUCAAUAAGGAGAGAUUGUACCCAAAACAACAUUCUUUUUUUUUUUUUCUUUUAUUGUGUUGGAGGCCGGAUUUGCUGCGUAUUGAGGGGACAUUUCUCAUGGAGUUGAGCCAAGAAGAAAUGAAUCCUGUCUGCUUCUGUUGUCGUUUAACAAAAUAAAUCAAUAAAACAAUCCUGCCUAGAAAGGCUGACAUGGUGCUAGGUACUACGGCAUGAAUACUUUGUUUUUUAGGGAGGGGUGUAGCCUGUUUUAAGUAACGUCUAAUUUUGCAUCAUUAUGUGGGAAAUAUGAAAUCCCUCCUAUGGCUGCAUUACUAAGUUACAUAAAAAUGGCCCCAUCUACAACUGACAGUCCUCUGGAUCCAAAUAAAGGAAAAUUAUAAAUGAUGACACAUUUUGGCCUUAAUCCGUAUCAAUAAAGUAGCAGAUGUUUCUUUGAAUAAUUUUGAGCAAAAAAAUACAUUUCAUUCUUCGUACCCGAAGUAUUAAAUAUUAUCAAAAUGCAAAAUUAUAAGUUUAACAUUUUAGUCAACCUACUUGGUGCUGAGGUGAGUGGUAGUUACAUUGUUGCUGCUGGCUGAAGUUACACUUGUCAUUUACAUGUAGUUUUGUUUUAAGGAGUGACUGAUAAUAGAUUUUGAGAGAUCACCCUGGAAUCAUCUGAAUCACUUUUACUUCUGUAUCGCCAGUGAACCCGUCCAGUUAAAUCUCUUCCUGAAGCCUAAUUAUGCUGCAGUAUUCAGCAUUAUUAGCAUAGGUAUCUAUUUAAAGGGGAACUCAAAGUCUCUUAACCAGUAUUGGAGAGUACAACUGCAUAUAUGAAAAAAGUUAUAUGAAUACAUACGUCUUAAAUUCACGCUACGAGCAAUAAAGCUACAUUGUCGCCUCUGAAGUGCGGUUUAAGCGUUCGUUGGCGUAGUUAUGUCGUUGAAUAGAACAGGAAAGCGAAUGACUGUAUUUCCCAAAAUUACAGUUUAUUAACAUCCCCACUUCUAACAACUCAUUUUUGAUAACUCGUCCCCGUCGUGACUUGGAGCGAUGUGGAAUUAAAAGCUGCAUGAAAAUGACAAGUGUAAUCAUAUCGCUUCAUAUCUUCGGUGCUUCUCUCUUUGACUUCUGUCAGACUUAUUGAAUAUAACUAAAGCUCCUUGCAUGAGGAGAUUAUAAAAAAGAAUUGUAGUAAAAAAAUGCUAAUUUUCCAGUUUAUAUUACAGUUUGAACUGAAUUAUAAGUGAAUGGAUGGACACCAGACCGGCCUCUAAUACAGGUAUUCUUAAAUUGAUAAUUCAUCACAAAUAUCAUAUGCUGAGGUACUGGACUUUAUUGUUUUCUUUUGCUUGCUCUGUAUGAUUUUGACACAGUUAAGAGUAUUUGUUAGCUAAUGGCACUUUCUAAAACCAUCCCUUUGUUGUAUCAUGUCACAUUAUUUAGAAUUAUGGAUUGGAGCCUUUUAUGCACUUCUAUUUUUUAGUGAGCGUGCUUUAAUACUGGCUGUGUUUUAAGAGAAGUUAUUUAUUGAUUACCUACAAUAUUCUGUAAUAUGUCAAAACCAUAUGUACUGCCUGAAACUGUUUGCAAAACUGUGUAUUUGUUUUUAAAAGUGAUUGAAGACAGUGUUUUGCCGACUGCCAAAACGAGCUGAAACAAGUAGUGAGCUGUCGUGAGUGUCCUGGUUUCUCCACGGCUUCAUAGCACAUGUUGGGUUUAAGUUCCUCAGCUGAUCCAUCUUCACUGUUUUGGCCUUCCUAGUUUAAGGGGUUGAGUUUUUAAUUAGUGAUCUCUGGAUGCAGCACAGUGUGAAAAGCUUUACCUGUAGUGUCGUCGUGUGGAGCAGUUAACCGGUCUACUGAUGCCGUUUCCUCAUCAUCUCAUUUAAGGGAAGCAAAAGUACGUAAACCAAGCACACGUGUCUGGAUGUCUGUAACGCUGACUCGUAUUGUAAAUAGUUUUUAAUAAAUGGUAAAGCAAC